AUGUAUGUGAACCUGGUGUCGAUGAAACGCGUCUCUCAUCGUCCGCUUACUGCCGAACAAUUUGAGACCUUGUGUGAUCUCCAUAAUUACCCGAGCCCACGCCCAGGAGACGAAGGGAGGCGAAAGAACAGAAGAAGAAGUCUGCGCAUGUACGGGAGAAGGCUAACGGGCCGUAGCGGGCGGCUGCAUGAGGAAGAAGAACGGGUGCUGGUUAAUUCGACAGCCUCCGAGGUUUUUCAAGGAGCGCAAGGCACAUUCCAUCCAUCUGUUGUUCUCCAGCGCAUGAUUAUUGAUGUUGCAGUGAGAUCGGACGGUAGAGGCGAGAUGGGGACCACAAUGGGGCUGCGAUGUACCUUAGCACCGGAUUUGUAUAGAGAAGGUACACGGUUAAUCGAUGGCUUCCCCAGACAGCCUGCGAAGCCGGUUCUAGCACGUGGAGCAGACGCAGAAGGGAAGAGGCCAGUCAUAGCAAUAAAAAAAAGAAGACUCCGCAUCUGCGCUGUGUUUGCGUUUCAUCCGGCUGUUGGAGCAACGACGAGGCGUUCAUCGCCCUGCGGAAGAUGCUGUUGGGCUCCCUUAGGCCCUCGUACUCUCGGUACGAAGUACUCGUACACAGCGAGCGUUUGUCAUCUUCGUUCUCUCAGUUCAUGA